GUACAUCCAGAAAAUAGUGAAUGGACGUGCUUUGAACAAACUGCAAGUUUAGAUGUCAAAUCUUUCUUUGGGUUUGAGAGUACAGUUGAAAAAAUUGCAAUGAAGCAGUAUUCUCAAAACAUAUCAAAGGGCAAAGAAAUAAUUGAACACUUCAUCGAAGUGCUACGAAAGGAGAACAUCACAGAGGUUCCCAGAUGGGUUGAGCCAACCACAAAGGCCACGGCCGAGAUCUGUGAUGACACAGAAGUUAAGAAGGAGGAGGAGAGCAGUGAGGCUGAGAGCAGCUCCGAGGAGUCCGAACUCAGGGAAAGGACCAGCAGCACCCCCUCCACAGGCCACCGAGCUCCAUCUUGGUGCUUCUUUGUCUUGUGUCACCAUUUUGAUUAUGUUUUCAUGACAGACACAAAGUUCAUUAAUCGGUGUCUGAAUAACGUAGUGACGGAGGAGGUGGAUAAUUGCCGAACAGAUCAGGAUAACAACAAGCUGGAUGCCGACUAUAUCAAGAGGUGCUUAGGUGACCUGACCCCACUCCAGGAGUCAAGAUUAAUACAGCUCAAGAAAUGGGUCGGAGAGCUUCAGAAAGGAAAGGUCCCCAGCGAUGCUUGCCUGCUGAGAUUCUUGCGGGCGAGAGACUUCAACAUCGAGAAGGCCCGGGAGAUGCUGAGCCAUUCCCUGAUAUGGAGGAAGAAGAACCAGAUUGACAAGAUCAUGAACGAGUACCAGAUCAAUCAGGUGGUGAAAGACUACUUCCCAGGAGGCUGGCACCACCAGGAUAAGGAGGGAAGACCUUUGUAUCUUCUGAGACUGGGUCAGAUGGAUGUCAAGGGACUGGUGAAGUCUGUAGGUGAAGAGGGACUGCUCAAACAUACUCUGCACAUCUGCGAAGAAGGCCUACGGCUAACUGAAGAGGCCACAGCCAGUCAGAGUCAGCCGAUUACAAACUGGACUCUCCUGGUUGACUUGGAAGGCCUUAACAUGAGGCAUCUGUGGAGACCAGGCAUUAGGACCUUACUAAAGAUAAUUGAGAUCGUAGAGGCAAACUACCCUGAGACAAUGAGUCGAGUUCUCAUAAUUCGUGCUCCUCGAGUUUUCCCGAUCCUGUGGACACUUGUUUCUACAUUCAUCGAUGAUAACACAAGAUCAAAGUUCCUCUUCUAUGGUGGAAAUGACUACCGGCCAGGCGGCUUGGUUGACUACAUGCCAAAGGAGAACAUCCCUGAUUUCUUAGGAGGUGAAUGUAAGCGAAGCACACUUUCUCGCUUAGGCCCAGUACCUGAGUCCUUGUACACUGUCAUGUACCCAGACGAGUUGGAGCUUAGAAGUAUGGUGCACGAGGGAGGCUUGGUGCCAAAGAGCAUGUACCAGCCUGGAGAGGAAUUUGAUGGAACAAGGCAACACAUCCUCCUAUCGGAACAGUCUGUUUAUCACUCUGUGUCUCUAGGGCGUGGACAGGUGCAUGAGGUGGUGCUGUUAAUUGAGGAACCUGGUUCAGUUAUCUGCUGGGACUUUGAUGUCAUGAAGAGCGAUGUCACUUUCUCUGUUUUACGCACCAAAGUUCCCAUCACAAACCGGCAGGAGCCACACUCACCUACAGGUGCAAUGGGUGUGAUUGAUGCAGUGAUUGGUACUGAUGACCAGCAUCGGUCUGUGAUUGAGAAGACUUGGCGAGAAGGUCAUGAGUACUUCCGUGUUGAACCUCAGCUAGUUUGUCAUGAUGGAGAAAGUAUACAGGGGUCCCAUGUGACAUCACACAUGGGGACAUACAUAUUACAAUGGCGCUACUAUGAGUCAACACAGCACACCUCCCCCUUAGAUAUUAUUGAUACCAUAACUGCACCCAAGGCAAAGAUCAUGUAUUACUAUGAGACUCUCAAGUCAGCAGACUAUAGGGGAUCCAUGACAAGCCUUCAGUCCUGUCAGAGUGGCUUCUCUUCCCUGUCAUCCAACACCAACAAGUCAGCGACGUCAUCUUGUCCGUCCCGCUGACCUUGAUGAAUUGAGUGUUAGGGAUCAAAGUGUUUUUUGUAAUCAGGGUUGAAAUCACUCUCUUGACUGAA